UCUUUAUUUUUUUAUCACGUGCAUUUCACAUAAAUACAGCACUCUCAUUUUAGCUUUUCCUCCCCAUUGCCCAUUAUUAAAUCAAAAUGAGUGGCUUCAAGCAUUCUGUAAAAGUACCCACACAGUACAGGCGCCUUGCUGCAAUCAUAAAACAAUCUUUGGAAGGUAAAAAAUCAUUAAAAUCAUCGUUUUUUGAAGAGAAACAUGCUCGCAAAGACGUUCUACAAAAAACCCUAAAUUUCUACAUUGACAAUCGCACCGACAUCGAUUACGCCAUUGAACAGACAAAAAUACUCGAAGACAAUCCACGUUUUCGCAAAGAAUUGUGCAUUGUUCUUGUCACCGAAUUAUUAAGGACACAACAACUAAACGGCAAUAGCAAACCUGUCUCAAUUGUUAGAGAAUAUUACGAUAAAUUACAGACUGCAUUUGGUGGUAGUGGACAUCAACAACAAUCCAACAAAUUAAAGGAAAAAGAUAAACCAAGAUAUGUUCGAGUCAAUACAAAUGUUUUAUCAACGGAACAAGUAUUUGAAAUGCUUGCUGCUGAUGGAUGGCGAAAGAAGGAUAGUAAUUUUGAGACAUAUCCAGAAUAUUUGGAAGCCAUUAGUAGCCUAGAGGAAGAUGAAUAUUUAGUUGAUAUGCAUAUGGAUGAUUUGUUGGUGUUUCAUUCAAAGUGGAAGAGAUAUUGGGCUAUGCAUGAUUUUGUUGAACAAAGGAAAUUGAUGCUACAAGAUAAGGGUACUGGUCUGGUGGUUGAGCUCCUGCAUCCACCUCCUGGUUCAACAGUUUUGGAUAUGUGUGCUGCUCCUGGAAUGAAAACAGUAAAGCUUUCAAAUAUCAUGAACAAUACGGGUAAAAUUUAUGCCGUUGAGAGAGACUUCGAUAGAUAUCGUGUACUGUGUCAAUAUGUCGAGUCAGCAAAGGCAACGAUCGUUGAGCCCAUUCACGCAGAUGCUCUUGCAUUGGAUGUUAAACAAUAUGAGGACGUUGAAUAUGUUCUAGUAGAUCCUUCAUGCUCUGGAAAUGGAAUGCAAAAUCGAAUGUCUUUAAAAUCGGAAGAAAUAGAUCCAGCAAGAUUGAAAAAAUUGGCUGGACUACAAAUUAAAAUGCUUGUACAUGCAAUGAAGUCAUUUCCAAAUGUUAAACGUGUUGCAUAUUCAACUUGUUCAUUAAACGAAGCAGAAAAUGAAGAGGUCGUUCAACGAUGUCUGCAAAUAUGUCCUGAAUUUAAAAUGCUCAGUGGAAAGAAAGCAUUGCGUAAUAAAUGGAUUCGAGUUGGAAAUCCAGAAUUUAAAAAUAUUGGAAAAAAUUGCAUUUAUUCUCGGCCCGAUGAAGACUUUACAGAUGGAAUAUUUAUGGCUCUUUUUGAGAAGCGGCCAGAUGGUGACGAAUGAUAAACAUAACUGAAUCAUUUAUUUUUGAUAUACUUUUUGCUUUAAUUGAGAAGCUACAACAUCCUUUGGAAAAUGUUGUGCCCAUUCAGUUUAAGGGAAAUGUAUUCGUAUCUUUAAUUGUAUUGUUUACAUAACAUUUUUUUAACAAUUAAUAUGUUGUUUUUAAGAAUAAAAUACAUUUGUAUGGUCAAUAAAAAUAACUAAAUAACUAAA